AUGGCAAAGAGAAAGAAGAGAUUGUCUGCAAGACAGCGAUUACUUGCUGAUAAGUUGAGGAAGAGAGAAAAGAGACAAAAAGCUGCAGGAAUUCUGCAAGACGAAGACACACUUUUGACACCACAAGAAUCUGCUGUUCCUUGUGGGACAGUGGAUGGAGCUGAUUCAGCUCCUCCUGGUAAUUUUCCAGGGCUUGGUUCGAUGGGGUUUCCACCUAAAGAGGAAAAACCCCUGGCCAGGGUGCAGGCCUCACCUCGAGUGAAAAUGCAUUCACCUGCCCUGAGGUUGUCACCUCCUCAGGGAAGUCGUCUGUUUGUCCGUAACGAGGACAAGGCACCGUCCCCUGACUCCCCACCGUGGGUUUGUGCUCCACCGAGGGCACCUGGAUCGGGCAUAGGGCAUAUGUCUGAUCCAGCAGGUCAGGCGCAGCUGGAUACCUCCUGGGAGGAGGAGACCAGUAGAAUAUCAAAAGAUGAAGGAACUUUAACGAAAUCAAAAAUGGAAACUGAACGAAUAUCAAAAGGAAACUUGAACGAAAAACAUGAUAUUAUAGAAAGUAUAAACAGAGAAAAAGAUAUGCUGGAGACUGUAGAAAGUAUGUUGGAUUUCAGAGAUGAUACAGAGAUUAUAGAAAAUGAGUUGACAAAUGAAGGAAAAAAAGAUAUCAAAUUAGCAAAUGUAAGAAUUUUUCACCGGAAAAUGGGUCAGAACAUAAAAGAUUUGAAAAUACAAAGUGAUCAGAAAGAAAGUACUAGUAUGGAGGAUUGUCCAGGUGAGGAAAAUACAAAUUUAGAAGCAAGAAAUUUGUAUUCUGUGUCUGUUCAGGGCUCUUUUCAUCAAGCUGAUCCUAUAUUUGGUGACUCUGCAGGAACUCAAUGUGUUGCAAAUUGUUUAUCAGGUUUGGCUUAUCAUCUUCUGAAAAGUGCAGAAAUGUGGCAAACAGCUGAUGUCAAUAAAGUUUUAGUCAAUGGAGAUGAACUUUACACAUACCUGCAGAAUUGUUCUUCAAUUACAAGUAGGUAUUUGUUAGUGGAAGAGUUACCGCAGUAUUUUGAAUGCUUUAGCAACACAUUUGACUUUACAGUUAAGACCUCUGUACCAAGUUUAAUCAGUGUAUCAGCGGAGGAACCAUGUUAUGAAGAUUUUAAUGCCCAUCCUCUUUUUGAAGCUCUGCAGAUAGCACUUACUGAAACAAAUGGAUGCUUUGUGUGUUUCGGAGGGAAUACCCUUUUAAUAGGGAAGACUAAUGAUGGGUUUUUCUCAUUUGAUUCACAUGCACGAUGCCCCCGUGGAUAUCUUAGUGUUAGAGGGAAGAGUACAAGAAUUUUAUUGAAGGAUGUUCAGGAUGUCUAUCUGCAUCUUAGGUCACUGGCUAUUUCUAUGGGCAUUUCACAAACUGUUGCUUGUGAAUUAACUGGGGUGUUGUGUUCACUUAAGCAUUUUGCCACUGCAGUAGUUAAUGAGGUUAAAGGAACUGAAAAAUAUUCAGAGGGAAAUGAAGAUUCAAGACAAGGUCUCUUGACAUCAAAUCAGUCAAAGGUUAAAGAAACUGAGAGAUGUUUUGAAGGGUUAAAAGUUUCAGAGAAAGGCGGGAUAUUGUCAGAUCAGUCAGAAAUAUUACAGGAGAAUGAUGUGAUGUUUAUGGGCGAGGAAUUCCAACGGCAUGAUUUUAUACCUUUAUCUGUAGAGAAACAAAAGGAAUUGUGUAAAGUGUUGGGAGUGCCAUAUCAUGUCUCUACACAUGAAAACCAUGCUGCAUCUGUGAAAGACAUGGAUAAACCCAGAGGCUGUAAAGAAAUUGGACAAGAUGGUAAUUGUUUUUUUAGGGCAGUAUCAUUCAGCCUGACAAACUCUGAGAACCAUCAUCAACAUAUUCGUGAAGCUGUUUGUCAGCAUCUUCUGAACCAUGAAGCAAUGUUUCAACAGUUUAUGAGGUCAGAAGGAUCUUUAAGGUCGUACUUACUUCACUGCAAAAUGUCUAACUUGGGUGUAUGGGCCACUGAAUUGGAGAUUCUUGCUAUGUCACAUAUGUUGAAUGUUGACAUUUAUACUUAUUCAGAUAUGAAAUGGCUUCAGUUUAGUAUGAAAGGGCCGAACCCAGAAUCAGCUGAACAGAAAGAAGCUAUUUAUUUAUACCACAGACAUCAGAAUCAUUAUGAUGUUGUUUUAAGUGUUACAUCAAGGCUGCAUGGAAAGGAAUGUGUCACUCGAAAUAGAUCUCUUAAAGGAGAAUAUAACGUUCGCACAAGAAAUAAAAUUCGAAUGAGAGAGGAACGAAGAAAUCUGAAAUUGAAGAUAACAGACUUGAAGGAAAAGAGGAAAGAUGCAUUUAGGAAAAGAUACACGGAAAAUGAAAAGUACCGAAAGAAAAUGUUGGAGCAGAAGAAAGAUAUGUACUCAGAUGCAGACUUUAGGCUGAAAGCACAGAUAAGAAACAGAGAACGAUAUUGUGCUUCACAUUUAGUACAAAUGGCAAGUAAAAGAAGAAGUAAAAUGAAAUACUUAACAAACUUGAAACAUAAAGAGGGAAAGAAAAGAAAGAGUGUUGAGAAAUAUAAGUUUGAUUCUGAGCACAGAGAACAGUUGAAAGGAAAGAGUAAAGAGAAGUACAAGAUAGACUUUGAACAUAAAGAAAGUGUUAAGAAAGCAAGCAUUGAGAAGUACAAAGAGGACUUUGAGCAUCAGCAGAAUGUGAAGAAAGCAAGCAUUGAGAAGUACAAGACAGACUUGGAACAUCAGCAAAGUGCAAAGAGAGCAAGCAUUGAGAAGUACAAGACAGACUUGGAGCAUCAGCAAAGUGUAAAGAGAGGAAGCAUUGAGAAGUACAAGACAGACUUGGAACAUCAGCAAAGUGUGAAGAAAGCAAGCAUUGAGAAGUACAAGACAGACUUGGAGCAUCAGCAAAGUGUGAAGAAAGCAAGCAUCAAGAAGUACAAGACAGACUUGGAGCAUCAGCAGAAUGUGAAGAAAGCAAGCAUUGAGAAGUACAAGACAGACUUGGAACAUCAGCAAAGCAUUAAAAGAAGAAGCAGUGAAAAGUACAAAACUGAUUUGGAGCAUAAGAUUACUGUAAAGCAGAGGGCUUCAAAAAGAUACAAAGAAGAUGAAUCUUACAGAGCGAAAAGCAAAGCUGCAUUUGUACUAAAAUAUAAUACAAAUGAGACUUUUCGAUCAAAAAUGCAGAAAAGAGGUACAAGGAGGUAUCACACUGAUACAGAAUAUCAGUCUAAAGCAAAGAAAAGUACUAAGUCAAGUUACCAAUCAUCUGCUGAAGUUAGAAAGAGUAAAAAAGAAGAAGUUCAGCAGAAAAGGAGACUGAAACAAAUGAACAUGAAACAAGAAGAGGAUAUUGUCAGAUUAUUUAAGGAAAAAGCCAAGGAGGGUCCAAAUUAUGUUUGUACAUGUUGCCACAGGCUUUUCUUUCAGAAUCAGGUUCAAGCAUGUGAACAUCAGAUGUAUCAUAAAAGUGAGUCAGCAAAAUCUAUCUCUGAGAUUUGUUUGCUAGAUAAGUAUCUGCAUGAAUGCUCUGAAUCUUGCCCAGAAUCGUGUACUAAAUCAUCAUUAUGGAUUUGUUACACUUGCCAUAGGAAAAUAAUGAGUGGCAAAGCACCUGCAGAAGCUGCAGCAAACAGCAUGGUUGUGGAGGAUAUUCCUUCUGAAUUGACUAACUUGAACAGUUUGGAACAGCAUUUGAUUGCAAUGCACAUUCCAUUUAUGAAAGUAAUGGCUCUUCCUCAUGGGGGACAAAAAAAUGUACAUGGUCCUGUUAUUUGUGUACCUUCAGAUAUGAGGAAAACUGUCAGUUUACCAAUGAAACAGGAUGAAAACUUGUUGUUGCGUGUAAAAUUGAAAAGGAAGUUGAAUUACAAAGGCUACUUUGAGUAUCAGUUUGUUAAUACAACUCAUAUCAUGUCAGCUUUAUCAUACUUAAAAGAACACAAUCAUUGGUAUAAGGAUAUAAAAAUUGAAUCAUCUUUGGAAGAGGAUUUAACGAUACAAGAAGAAAUGACAGAAGAAAACGUUGAGGCAAGGGAUAAUGUGGGAAUCACAGAGGAAAUGGUUGCAUUUGACACAUGUUUACAACCUGUAGAUGUUGCACAGGAGGUUUUAGACCAUUAUUUUGAUGAUGUGUACAACAUUGCACCAGGUGAAGGGAAAAACCCAAUUCGAAUGUUACAGGAACCUGGCAAUGAAGCUAAGGCAUUUCCGUGUCAUUUCCCAAGUGGUCGUUUCUCUUGGAAUGAAGAAAGAUCAGAAAAGUUGACUCUUUCAAGAUACUUCAAUAAUAGGCUAAUGAAUGCAGAUGACAGAUUUGCAAAGGACACCAAUUACAUAUUCUUUAGCCAGUACAUGUCCGAACUGAAUCAAGUGAUUGAAAAAACUCAAAUUUCACUAAGAAAAUCUUUAUCAAAAUGGACCAAUGGGAAACCAGUAACAGCAAAUAUGCUACAAGAUCCAAUUACUCUCUCGGGCUUGCUGAGGAAUGAUGAUGCUAUUAGAUUUAUGCAGCCAAUAAGAGGAACACCGGCUUAUUGGGCAACGGCUCAGAAGGACCUCUUUGCUAUGCUGCGGCAAUUAGGAAUUCCCACUUGGUUUUGUUCGUUCUCUGCAGCAGAGUACAGAUGGAAUGAUGCUGUUACAGCAAUACUACAACAGCAGAACGAUAACAGAAAUCCCGAGGAAAUGGAAUGGUCAGAAAAGAAUGAAAUUCUAAGGUGCAAUCCAGUCACUGUGGCUAGAAUGUUUGAGCACAGAUUUCAAAUAUUUCAUAAGGAAGUCAUACUAUCUCCUGCAGAACCAAUAGGAAAGGUAGCAGACUAUUUUCAAAGAGUUGAGUUCCAGCAGAGAGGAUCUCCACAUAUGCAUUGCUUAUAUUGGAUUGAAAAUGCACCAAAUAUUGAUUCUGAUGGCGAGGAAGUUGUAUGCAACUUUAUUGACAGAUAUGUAACAUGUGCUGUACCAUCAGAAAGUGAUGAUUUUGAAUUGAGAAAAAGUGUUUUAGAAGUACAACAACACAGCAAGAAACAUUCAAAAUCUUGUAAAAAGAAGGGAACAGAAUGUAGAUUUAAUUUCCCAAGGCCUCCAUCUCAAAAGACUUUCAUUACAAGCAGUCAAGAGGAAGAAACCACAGAUGAGUGUGAAAAAGAAGCAAAGCUAAACAAGGCAUAUGCGAAGGAAAUAUUAUUCAGUGUUUGGGAAAGAGUUCAGAAUGAAGGGGAUAGAAAUAUAACAACAGAAGAAUUAUUUGAUGAUCUUUCAUUAACCCAGGAACUGUACGAAGAGGCCCAUAACAUGUUGUCGGCAAAGAGAUCAAUUAUACUUGAACGGUGCCCAAAUGAGGUUUGGACAAACCAAUACAACAGAUGCCUGUUAAAAUCCUGGGAUGCUAAUAUGGACAUACAGUUUGUUCUUGAUCCUUUCAGUUGUAUUGUUUAUAUUAUUUCCUAUAUAUCGAAGUCAGAGAGGGAAAUGGGCAUGCUAUUAAAACAAACAAAGUUGGAGGCAGAAGAAGGAAAUGUUGAUGCCAGAAAAACUAUGAAGAAAAUUGGAUCAGCGUACUUGCAUCACAGGGAAGUAAGUGCUCAGGAAGCUGUGUACAGAGUUUGUAAUUUGAGGAUGAAAGAAUGUUCUAGGAAGGUUGUAUUUGUGCCUGUAGGUGACAACCCAGUGCGCUUAAGUAAGCCAUUAUCUGUGCUGAAGAAGAAAGCAUCAAAAGAUGUUGAAAUUACCGAUGAAGAAGAUGACGAGAAUGAAGUGUGGAUGACGAACAUAAUUGAACGUUACAUGAACCGACCAGAUAAGCCAAUCUUUCAUGAAAUGUGCCUUGCCGAAUUUUGUUCUGAAUUCAGAGUGCUAGCAAAAUCUCAAGUUCCUAAGAAAGAGAAUCAAAACGUGUUUGAAUUACAGAAUGGGAAGGGUUACGUACAACGAAGAACAAGAACUCAACCUGCUGUUGUAAGAUAUCCUAGGUUCAGUGUUGAAAAAAUGUCUGAGAAAUAUUAUCAAUCUCGUUUACAACUUUUUCUUCCGUACUGGACAGAAACACAGUUGAAACCCCCAGGGUUUGAAUUAUAUGAGGACUUUUACAAAACUGGUUAUGUAAAAAUUUCCAGUGGAAAACGAAAGCAGUCUGUGAAGUCAAUUGUGGAAUCAAAUCAUUCAAAAUAUGCAGAAAAUGAAGAGAUGGUUGACAACGCUCAGGAUGCGUAUGAGAUGAAUGGUGAACCAGAAGAUGCAUGGUCGAGGAUAUGUCCAGAGACAGAGGUUCUCAGAAGGGAAGGUAUAGCACAGAGAAAUGGGAACACAGUGCCAGAGGAGGAAAGUACCGAUAUUAUACCAGAGAUUGAAAGCGAGACACAUAAUGCAGAUGUCAUGUAUCAUGUUCAACAACAUGUUAUCUCAAGAGAAGAAAUGUUACCUGUUCUUCAGAAUUUGAAUGAGACACAAAGUGCUGUAUUUUAUUUAGUUCGCAAGUGGUGUUCAGCAAAGAUUGCAGGGGAGAAAUGUGAGCCCUUUCAUUUAUUUGUAACUGGUGGAGCAGGAACUGGUAAAAGUCAUCUUAUAAAAGCAAUUCAGUAUGAAGCAUCGCGUUUACUUUCACGAAUAAUGUCAGAACCAGAUAGACCAUCAGUUCUUCUCGCAGCAUUCACUGGAACAGCGGCUUUCAACAUUGGCGGAAAUACACUGCACCACUUAUUUUCCCUAACAAAAUAUCUGCCUUUGCCAUAUGAACCUCUUGGUGAACAAAGCCUCAGUGAAUUGAGAGUAAAGAUAGGGGAUCUUCACAUUCUUAUCAUUGAUGAAAUAUCAAUGGUGUACAAAAGACUUUUGUACUACAUACACGAAAGACUGGUGCAGAUUAAGAAAUGCAAGGAGCCCUUUGGUGGAGUUUGUGUUAUUGCUGUUGGGGACUUUUACCAGCUGCCACCAGUAAAGCAGAGAAAAGAUGAAAGGCUUUACAAAGAAAAUAUGAGUUAUCCUAUGGACUUCUGGCUUGACUUAUUUAAAGUCAUUGAGUUAACAGAGAUAAUGAGACAAAGAGGAGAUUUGUCCUUUGCUGGGAUUCUUAAUUCUUUUCGUGUAAGAGAGAGAGAUGAACAAUUAACACAGCAGCAAAGUAAUUUCCUACAAGACUGUAUCAGGGAAGGACCAGAAGAUGUUCUUCAUGUGUUUUCUACUAACGAUGAAGUUAACACAUUCAACCUGUCAAUGUUAAAAAGAUCAUGUGAAGAUCUACUGGAAAUUGAUGCUCAGGACUUUAGAAAGGACAAAACAUCCGGAAAGUUAGUACCGAGAAACAAACCUAUGACAAGAUCAAGAAGUGAUGGCCUUCCAAGCUCUCUUCUAUUAUCAGUCCAUGCAAGAGUAAUGCUUACGAGAAAUUGCGAUGUAGAGGAUGGACUUGUGAAUGGAGUAAUGGGACAUAUUUGUCGAUUUUCUUUUGUAGAAAACAGUGAGGAAAUUGUUAAAGCAAUAGGAGUGGUUUUUGAUAAUAAGGAGGUUGGGAAGAAGACAGGACAAUAUACAAGGGAUGGAAACAUGGUGUUCAUAGAAAGAGUGCAAGAGGAGAUAAAGGACAAGGCUACUACAGUGGUUCGUCAUCAGUUUCCAAUUCGGUUAUCUUGGGCGUGCACGGCUCAUAAGGUGCAGGGGAUGACAACAGACAAAGUCGUGGUAAAUUUAGAUAAAGCAUUUGCCCCAGGCCAAGCUUAUGUUGCACUGUCAAGGGUUACUUCAAAGUUGGGCCUAUUUAUUGAUACAGAGGAUCCAGUUCGAUUUCAGAAAAAUAUUUAUGCUGAUCCAGAGGUCAAAGCAGCAUUAAAGGAAAUGCCUAAACUUAUUUUUGAUGACAUUGCGUCAAUUUUAGCCUCUAAUGGAAAGAAAAUAGUUCUGCAUAAUAUACAGAGCUUACACGGUCAUUUUGGAGAUCUAAAGAAUGAUGCCAGAUUCCAUCAGGCUGAUAUUAUUUGCUUAACAGAGACAUGGCUAAGAUCUGGGGAGAGCACAGAGAACUUUGCAUUGGAAGGGUUUCAAUUUCAUCAUCUUCCGAGAAGUGAAGCAUAUGAUGAAAGCACUGCAUUAAAUCAGAGUGUAAAAAUGACAAAGGGUGGAGGUGUUGGGCUGUAUUUGAAAGACAAGAAAGAUUCAUAUGAUAUUCUGCCAAUGUCCAAAAUGAAUAUUGAAGGAAUAGCUGUAAAAUUAGCCAGAAGAAAUAUCUUGUUGUUGUCUGUGUAUCGCCCAUGUGCAGCAAAAGUAGCAAUGUUCCUUCAAUAUCUUCAGAAAGUUCUUAACUACUUGAAAACAAAUGCACAUGAUUGUAUCAUCGUAGGUGAUUUCAAUGAGGAUGCAAAAAUUGAUGGUCCAAUUCAGAGGUUUAUGAAAGAGCAAAACUUCAAACAACUUGUAUCCUUUAGCACCACAGAAGGGGGAACAAUUUUGGAUCAUGUGUAUGUAUCCAGUUCCAUAGAGGUUGAAGUUUAUCAAUUACCAACAUAUUAUAGUUAUCAUGAUGCUGUUCUUCUGAAAAUCCGAGAUGAAGAAUUAUGA